ACCGGACGCGACGGUGCCUGGUCGCCUUAUUCACCCGAGGUACUUGCGCCUUCUUGAGUGUCAUCUGUGCAUUAUGGGCAGGCUAUUUAACAGUCCUGUGUCACUCACUCUUGCUCCAAAUCCUUUUUUUUUUGCUCAUUCAGAGAACGAGCUGAAGCCUCAGGACGGUUUUUGUUCAAGUGACACCGCCGACAACCCUUCGAUAUUGUCGCCUUUUGUAUUUAUCUGCCUGUUUUCGUUCUUUGUUGUUUGUCUUGCUUGGUUUGUUCUGGUGUCUCGAUCGCAAGACUAGCUUUCUGUUCAAGAGAGUGAUUUUUGAAAUAUCAUUUGGAACGACUUAAUAACGAAACUACUCUUCGCCUAUAAUCACAUCACAUCCAUCCAACAUGUUCUCUUCCCGAUUUAACCAGCCUCCGCCCUCAAGCAAGAUGAGUUUUACAAAGAGUCAUCGGGCCAGCAAGUCCAGCUCAUCAUUCAGUAAAGAGUCUGGCAUCUCGAAGCGUCGACACGAUUCCCAUCGCGAGUCUCGACGACGACCAACAACGGCUACGACGAGCAUUACUGCGGGCGAUGAAUCUCCUAACCUGACAUCCGCCAUCGUCACCCUGGUCGUUGGCGAGGAGCAGCGUAUCUUCGCUGCACACGAACAUGUUCUCUCACACUCGGCAUACUUUGAAGCUGCUCUUCGUGACCAGUUCAUGGACGCCUCGUCAAAGCGGAUCUCUAUCCCAGAUGAAGAACCCGAGAUCUUCUCGUCUGUUCUUGAGUACUUGUACAAGGGCGAUUACUACCCACGUCUUGUGCACAACAAGCGCAAAAACUCCUGGGAGCUUGAGCCCACGACGGAGGACGGGCGAGCCGAGUCGACGGUGCUUCAUCGUAGAGCUGAAGGCGACCUCCUGAAGGACACCGUCAUCUACUGUGCUGCGCACCGGUAUGGGCUGGACGAGUUGAAGCGGGUGGCGUUGAGGAAACAGGGUUUACAAUCUGGUAUCCAGUGCAGCACCAUCCUGGCAUCGGCCCGUUACGCAUAUGCCCACACGCCUGACACGGAUUCUAAGCUACGCGCGCACUAUCUGGCCCUCAUCAUACGCAGCCGCAGUACCUUCAAGAAGAGCGGCACAAUGCAGAUGGAGAUGUACAAUGGCGGUACUCCCCUCUUCUUUGAUCUUUUCGUCGCUUUGUGCAACCACGUGGAUGAUGUUAGCACGGCACAAACGACUCCUCGCAGCAACCGCCACUUCUUUUAGCCGAUGCGAUAUGCCACAUGGCAGCUCAUCGCAGCUGCCUGGACGCGUUUUCUAUUACUCCCCGUCACUUCUCAGCUGUGACAAGAUUCGUCACAAAAGAAAAGAAAAAGAAAAAGAAAACUUCAGAAAAACAACGACUUGCCGGUAUCUCAUGGAGGCAAACACUAAUGAUCUCACGCCUCUUUCUCUCUUUUUCCAGCCUGCCAUUUUCCUCACGAAAUGACGAAAAGACUUGCCAGUUUCAUCAACUGACCCUUUCGCACAAGAACAUACACAUGGCGUUUUUGGGGUUGUCAUUACCCGCAUCGGGAGAUGGGUACCUAGUAUGUCCUCCCGGUCUUUGCUGUUUGCUUUUGGACUACUUUGCUAUUCCUUGUCGCUUGUUGAUUUCUCAGUUUUCCACUGUACCAACAAGAUUUAUCUCAUUUUUGCGAAGCUUGUGUAUUUACGAUCGCUCUCGAUCGGUCCUUGAACUCUUUAUUUUUCUAUCGCAAUGUCUCGACUCUUUUUUUGAGUUUGUAUUCUAUUACACUGAUAUUUUGGACUUCUUUUUUUUUCGCGUUUCUUCUUCCAAAAGAGUAGGGAGGCCACACAGUUUGAUCGGACCAACCACGAUAAGCCACGGGCAAAAUAACCAAAACGGGGAAUGGGCUGUAUAAAAUUUUAUUCUCGACGUUCGUUUGAUGUUUAAGUGGCAAAGAGGCUUGGGGUGAUAAUUGACAGCUCGUUCUCGCGCGCACUCGCAUGUUUGCCAGUGGGCAAAGUGCAGAAACUCACUAGCCCCGCUACGGACAGAUACAGUCCAAGAUCAUGGCAAAGAAGCGACAAUGUAGAUGCCAGGCUUACUAUGGGUGUGACAAACCGGCCUUUCAGACCCGCUCCCAAUGUAGUCUAUCUCUAUCCCGCUCCGAAACAGCAGCUGAUCCUAUCGCAAAUGCACUUUUGCCAAGUUGAGCAAAGCUUGGUCCUGCGCUGAUCGCACCACCAGAC